UGAACGGUGUAUUUGUGUUGGAUUGAACCGCUUCAGCUUUUUGGCAAGAUUCCCUCGGGCGCGCUCGUUACAUAAAAUGAACGUCGCACUGCGUGCGCCACAAAAAGGUUAAAAAUAGACUUUCAGAAUUGACGGGGAGUGGACAUUAAAACAGCGAGUGCCUAUGUGGUGUAUCUUCGACAGUUCCAUGGACUGUUUUUCAAGUUUAUAGUCAAGUGCAAGGUGAAGUGAAUACGGAAAAUGGCUCACCACGUGGAGCCUAUGGACAUAGACGGAAGUGUGUGUGAUUUUGACGACAAGGAAAACAGUUUUCAUCAUAACAAUGUACUUUCAAGGACGCCCUGUACUGAAAAAGGGUAUGAAGAGCUGGAUGUGUCGGAGUUAAACAUGAAACUUCGGUAUUCCAUAACGCCGGCUGCGUCACCUAUGUCUAAAAGCUACACAGCAAAUUGCAUUGACAGCAGAAAAUGUGAACCAGAAAAUUCUACUCUUGAUAAUGAAAAUGGUAAUAUGACUCGGUCCUUGCAUUCAACUUUAAAUAAGAAUGAUACUAUUGUUAAGACCCAGAAAGUGCUCCCUCUUCAGGCACUGCCGACUGAUCAGGGUCAUAUUAUUGAUGGAAAUAGAAAUGCACUAAGACCUUUAGACUCUACAAUAACUGUUGACAACAAUAUAGCAGUUACUAUUAGUGGGCCAAAUGAUAUUGAUGAAAAUAUAUCUUUACCAAGUUCGUCAUCUUCUAUGGUACAUACUCCUGAAGCGACCACACCCACAAAGGACAUACCAAAGGGAGAAGAGGGAUCUCCUAUUAUUAGAGGACUUAAGAGUGUCCUUAACAUGUUUAGACCUUCCCAGAGUCCUAUACCACCCACUGAAGAUGAAGUGAAUGCUGGUAAACAUGAAGCUGUCAGCCCACCAAUUGUUCAUUCACCGGAGACCUCUGACCGGACUCAAGCUGUCUCUGCUUCCACACCUUUAUUUGGCCAGAAAACUAGAGACCCUUUGACAAAGAGAAACAGCCCAAACAGGGACAGCUUGGUUUUCAAUGAUGAUCUUGAAAAAGAAUUAAACUGGAAGGAUGAUUCCACUAUUAUAUUUAGUAAGGAAAAAAUACCAAUACAUAAAUUAUUCUUCCAACAAUCCAAACCUGAAUCUAAGACAGAUAUGACUAAUACCAUAGGAUCCGGAACUGUAAUUGAAAACAAACUAGAUGCAACAGUGGAAUAUAUGGAAGUUUCAUACAAUGACUCUGGUAUAUUGGACAAGACAGCAACUAAAGUGCCUAUAGAUAUGCCAAAUAGAAGUGAUGUUAUUACAACAGAAUCUGACAGUGAAUUUCAGGAUUGUGAAUCUACAUUUACUAAGAAUGAAUCUCAACUAGAAGAGUCAUUUAAAUCCCAACAGGAUGACGAUUUACUCUCAAUUGGCAUGUUAGCUGGACCAAAUAUUCAACAGACAACAGAAUCAUUAAGUCUUAAUGCCACUAUUGAAACGUUAAGUGCUGACUUAUCUGCAACAUCUACUGAAACUGCUAAAGCAGAAAAUAUUCCUACUGAAAAUUUACCAGCUCCUCUGAAUACUGAAGCCAUCCUGAAUGAAGAUCAGAAGGCAACUUCACCUAAGCAAGUUUUACCCAAUGAAAACAUAACAGCUUUUGUGCCAGAAAGCAACAUCGUGGAAUCAAAUCAAUCUAUUUCUGUAUUUAAUGAUGACAUAAAAGUAGACCAAAACCAAACUGAAGUAGUGAAACAUGAAUCAAACAUGAAUUUAGUGACUAAACCUAGUCUGUCACUACAUAAUAAUGAUGCAAAUGUUUCAGAUGAUAUUAACUCUCCUGUUGAAAAUGUAGUAGUUAGUUCUUUAUCUCAAAUUGCGUUAAUUUCGGAUCCGAGAGUUCUUCUAUUUAACAUACCACCUAUUGUAGAUAAGGAAGAAAAAGGCGAUAAAGUCGCAGAUGAUGUUUUGAACACUUCCCCAGCUGACGUACCACUACCAGAUGAUGAUGAUAUUGAAAAAAUGUCAUAUUUACCCGUGACAUCGACAGAAAAUGUUUCUCUUCCUAUCAAAGCUGAUGACAUUCACGUAAAUGCUAAUACAAAUCAAGAAGUGGAACCAACAGUUGAUAACCAAGAAAAAAAGAUGAAUAAUUUAGUAUUGAAAAACAGUGAAUUCAUAGAUGUAGUGGAAUUAAAUCCUACAAUUGAAGACAAUAUCAAGAAAGUAAGUAAGGAUGUUAUUACUGAAGACCAAAACAAACAUGUAAUAGAAGAAAUCAUUCCAGUACUCGAAAAUACAGAAGUUGUGAAGCCCAUUGACAUUGAAUCUAUGGACAUAAGCAUGACUGAGGCACAAGGUUCAUCUAUAUAUAAUGUAACUGAAGUGAUUAACGGAGAUGUAGUAAUUGAUAAAUCUUGUAUUCCUGAAAUUGAGGCUAUACCUAACACUAUGAUGCCUGACUUAAUUAAAGUCGAAGACACUACAUGUCUGCAUACUGAUGAAAAGCAUGGAGAGCAAUUGAAAGAAGAUAAAGAGUUCACUCCUACAGUUGUAACUUUUGCUCCAGAAAAUCAGCAUUCUACUCUUCUUAAAUCUAUUGAAAUGCCAGAUAGUACUAUCUCAGACAAUAUCAAUGAUAACAUAGAACAUAUUAAACUAGAGGUGGAAGCAAUAGUGGAAGCUGCCAUUGAUAUUUUUACAGAUAAUACAAAUGCGACUAAUAGUGAAAUUGCCAAGAUUAUUCCUGAUGUCCUAGAAGUUAAAAAUGAAGCAACCGUUUCUGCUGACACCCAAUCUUCUGAAAUGCUAAAUUGUACAGAAACAAAAUUUGCAGAACCUCAAGAGUUGCUUCCUGAACUAAUCAAAGAUCUUUUAGUGGAAAAACAACAAAGUCAUUGUUUAAUAGAAGAACCUUCCUGUGUUCUAGAUAUUCUUACAAACGCGUCAAGUGCUACUCCAACGAAAGAAAAUGCUGGCCAAGUUCAAAGUGUCAAAACUGAUGACUCUGUAGCAAGCAAGGACAGUAAAGACGAAGGCGAAAUAUGUCAAGAAAUAUCUAGUACUACGAAUGAGAUGCAGAAUAUACCAGAGUCGACAGUCGUUCUCGCUGAAGGCUGCUGUGCUGUGUCUACAAGUGCUGUUAUCAAAGAUCAGUUUACUAACGUUGUACAGCCUAAAGUAAACAUAACCGAAGCAGUUGAUCAACUUGAUCUAAACACUUCUCAUGUAAUCGAACAACCUGAUCUAAAUACAACACAAGUAGUAGCCGAGAUUGAUAAACUUCUAUCAGAAACUGUAGUAAAAGACGAUAAUAUAAUGGAUCUGACCUCGGAAAAAAAUACAGAUCUGGGCGAUAAAAUCGAAACUGCAGAUGAGGAAAUUGUGGUCUCUGAAAGUAACAGUCCGUUCGUGGUAGUUUCCGCUGAAGAUGAAAUGAAAACAGAAGAAAAUUUCGAAAAUAUAGAAAAUCCCUUCGUCUCCAAAAGUCCAAUUUCAAGCUCACCUCCCCUUUCACCUAAAAUAGUAUCAAAAGGUUAUAACCUCAAUUUCGACGAAAUAGAAGAUCCCUUUGCUACAAAAGUUAAAAUUAGGGCGUCUCCCCCACCAGGUGCAUCACCAAAUCAGUCGUUUGAACAAAUAAACAUCGUUCCCGAGUUACCGAAAAGAGACAUAAACAAAAACAACAGACGCAAGUCUCAGCCCGAAAGAAGGAAGCCGGUUGGUAAUAAUAAGAAAUUGAAUUCUACUUUUGCUGGAAGUUCUAAAGUUGACACAAAGUUAUCUAAUAAAAAUAAACAGUCACCGAUAGUUCCUUUGAAAGUUGAAAAUACUGAAACUGACCAACAAGUUGUGCUGGAAUCUGAAGUGGUGGAAGAUAAAAUGCCGAUUAUGGAUGAAACAAAUAUUACAAUUGAUGCUACAAAUCAACUUGACAUUACUUCUACAGUAAAUAAGUUGGAUAAAACUCACGAUACCGUCGAAACUUUGACGAUUGAAGAUAAAGUCCCGCCAACGGAACAUACUAUUGCUGCUGGAAAUGAAAAUAAAGAAACCUCAUCUUCGGAACAAUCUACAUAUUACUCAGCCGGUGCUUCGUCUUCAGAGGGCCUUGAACCUAAAAAUUCCUUUAACAUUCCUGAAAUUAAUGACCCGAAUUUCAAUCCAUUUGCAAAUAAAUCAAGAAUUUGCCAGUCGCCACCACCAGGUGAUAUUGACCCAUUUGCUACGAAAUCUAAAAUUCGUAAAUCACCACCACCGAGUCUUAACAUAGCUGAUCCCUUCGCUACUAAAAGCAAGAUGAGGAAUUCUCUUGAGCGUUCGGUUGUUACUGAUCAGGACACUACUUUAAGUAUUGAACCGCCAAAUGAAAAAAUAUCUGAAAAUAUGGUAGAAUCAGUCGCAGUGGAACAAGAAGAAAAAGAUUCGUCAGAUAACAUUAACAAUACCACUGCAUCUUCAAAAAAUGACAAAGUCAAUACUGAAGAUGAAGAUACUGUGGAAGGACCUUUCCUUGAAGCACAAGACCUUAAUAACGACGAUAAAAUGUCAGACUUUGAUGAAGAAAACGUCGAUAUGAUGCAAUUCUCCGAACUGCCGCCAGAAAAUAACGAAAAUCCGGAUGCUGGGGAGUUAUUUAUAGACGCAGAAGCAUUCGAAUUCCUUUUAAAUCAAAACCAGGCAAACACUAUAGCCGACAGUGGAAAGGAAAGCUUGUUCCUGAAAUUCGAUCCUCUGUUUGCAAAACGAGUGUCUUCUGAUGGCGUUAUGGCUGCCCUAAAAAAUGUGCAGAAACGUCAAAGCACACCAAACAAAGUGGUGUCAUCUCAGGCAGAUGUUACUUUUGAAAAAUCUCCUGUUCCUGGGCCGUCUACACUUAAUGCCACACAAGAUUUGGAUAUGAAUAGUACAGCUGAAGAUAGCUGCGAUGACCUUAACAUUACAGUAUCGAAGCCAAUGAUGGUAGUAAAUCCGGCUGUGAACCCAGUCGUUACGAUGAGAAACAAGUCAAUUACUCCAGUAAGAACUAAUCGUCAGUCUCUUACAUUCACUUCACCCGCCAUAGCUGUUAUUGACAGACUUCUUUCUAUGAGCGCCAAUAAUUCAUACGUGGCUCACGACGCUACCAUCGCUGAAGUUCAUAGAGAUAGCGAAGCAGAUUUGGCACUAACACAACUGCGCGAACUUCUGGCUGACAAAGAAAUAAGCGUAUACAACCUUCGAUCUGAAAGCAAGGAACUCAAAGACAGGUUGUCAAAUUUAGAAUCUCAAAUGAAGAGUUUGGAAUCCAUCAGCGAAGAGAGAUUAAAAAAAAUUAACGAGUUAACGGAAAAACUAAAUGAGAAAACAAAGAUCAAUAAAAGUAUGGCGAAGGUUGUCGAAGAAUAUGAGAGAACGAUUGCUAGUCUGAUAGCUGAGACUGAGCAGGAUAAGAAGCGUCACGCUGAUGAAAGAAUACAAUUAAUAAAGGAAAGAGACGAGCAGACUGCACAUUUGGCCAGCAUGGAGGUUUCGUUUAGUGAUCUCCAUAGCAAGUACGAAAAGAGUAAGCAAGUUAUUCUUGGUUUCAAAGCGAAUGAAGAUUCUUAUAAGAAGUCGAUUAAGGACUUCGAAGAGAACCUCGCAAAAAUGCAGAAUAAUUACGAGCUUCUUAAGCAGCACGCGACGUCCAAACUGAACCAUGCGAAUGAGGAGCUGCAGAAGAUCAACCGCUCACACGAGGCCGAGGUUCUGAAGUUGAACGCCAUGAUCAAGAGGAAGGAGCUGCAUAUCACGUCUCUGGAGGAGACGCUGCAGCAGAAAACAAAAGCAAACGAGGAACUGACCGCAAUAUGCGAUGAACUCAUAAAUAAAGUUGGCUGAAGUAAAAUUAGACGAAUAUAAACAUUGCUAUGUUAUAGUGCCUGUGAUCUGAUCUAGACUGAUAUUUCGAGACGCGUCGCUUGUGUCCUUAUCCGACGAUAAGUUACAAUAAGUCGUUAAACUAGUCUCAAAGAACGUGUGCCAAGUUUUCCUAGUGCCUUUCAGGUAUUGAUUCCCUUUAUUUCAAGACUGCAACUUGUGAUAAAUAAUUAGAUAUCACAGAAUUUUCCAAAAUCAUGUAGUGUUUUGAUGGAUUUAAAUUUAAAUUAAGAUAAAAUUCAUAUCAAAAUUAUUUCCCAUUUCAUUAUUUGAAAGUUUUAUACUUUUGCAUUAUGCUGGCCAUAAUGCAUGUGUAUAAAAUACAGACAUAUCAUUGUGCACAUUAUGAAAAUAUUUUUAGAAAUUAUGGGAUAAAUGUAUAUUUUUUGCAUGUUUAGCUGUUGUAAUUGUAACCGAAAAGUCCUAAAUAUUUAUUUUGUAUGGAAAAAUUUACAGUAUAAAUAUUUUUAGGCCUUUGUAUUUUGAACUGGAGUAAUAUUUUUGUAGAAUUUAUUCUCAGAGAAAUUUAAAUUAUAUGUUUUGUGUGUAGUUUAUAGGAAUUUAGAAUAAAUGAACCCAAUUUUUAUACAAAAAAUUCCUAAUGUUUGACAUAAUUGUGUGAUCCCGAGUUAAUUUUACCCUAUUUUGUAUAAGUUUGACAUUGUAUCUCAAUAUUAUUUUCCAUUCAUAGAUCUCUGUUGCUCAGUUUUAUAUCAUGUUAUCAGGGUUUGUUACAUCGAAUACGAAUUAUAUGUUUUAGCACAUCCUCAAGUACAUGAUAUCAUUAGCACAAGUUUUUACGCACGGGUUGUUGAAUCAGCUAUUUUUGUAAAAUAUAGUUGUUAGUAAUUUUAAUUAAUAAAGUUAUUUAGAAAAAAAAUAA